CGACAUCCUUUCGAUGAACAGCACCGGCACUGAAUGGCUGCGUUCGAUCCGCUCGGGCGGCUUCUGCGAGUCCCUCUUGGCGCUCUCAAACCGCACCGGCCCUUGGCCCGAAGAGCCGCCAUUCGUGGGCGAGCGUCCCGGCAAGCUUGAGCCAGGUGCGGCGGCGACCGCGGCAUUCAUCAUUUUUCUCGGUGGGUAUGAGCUGUUGACCGCCAGACACUCGAUCCCGGUGGCCCGCUAUCUGAACAUCCUGAUCCUGCUCAAUGGCAUCACAUCGAUGAUGAAUCACAUCACCCACAACGUCUAUUUCGACUUCUGGGAUGGCGCGAGCAUGAUCCUGGCGGUGAAUCUUGCUGCUGCGCUGUGGUUCGAGACGCUGGUCGAGCUCGUGUGGCCACGGUGGUGCUCGUGCUGCGUGUCCGCCGGGCCGUCGCUACGCACCGUCUGCAUCGGGUGCGUCUGGCUGCUCGUCUGCGCGGUCAUGACGCCGCUCGGCAUGACAAGGGUCGCGCCGUUUGGCGGGCUGCUUGCGAUCCCCGGAAGCUUUGUGCUAUUCUUCAACCUACCGAUCCUCUUGAUGGUGCUCACCGCGGCGGCGAUGCUACACUGCGGCAUGUCGCACAUGAUCCAACCCACGGGCUCGCACCUGGUCUCGACCGCCACAUCGGACGAGCCGGCGGGGCUUUGCGAGGGCGACCAGAAGGACUCGCCUGCGCCUGCUUCCGAAUGGGCGCUGCUGGGCGCGGCACGCGUGUACCUCUGGGUCGGGGUGGCGUCGUAUCUCUUCGGCUUCGUCUGCUGGAACGUCGUCGAGCAGGGCUGCGACGCCAUGCCCGACGGCUUUCGUGCCAUCGGCCACGCGAUUUGGCACCUCGGCGCCGCGUACGGCCUGCACUGCCUCUUCUGCCUCCUCAUCUUCUUCCGCGCCGUUCUCGAUGCGCGGCGCUUCGACGGCCGGUGGCGCUUCCGCUUCCGCUCGAGCCCGUCCACGUUGCUUCGCGUGUGGCUCUGCGUCUUGCCGGUGCCGGAGGUGCUGGAGCCCCCGCUAGGCAUGUCGGUAUGACAUGGCCGCGCAUGAGGUUUCACCCUCUCGGGGAAGGGCGGGAAUCGCAAAGGCAAGGUGCUGACGGACAGAGAACGAGUUUUGCCUGCCGAUCGAUAUGUAGAUGUGUCGCCGCUCCAGAGGUCGUGUGGCUGUGCAUUAAGAUACCUACCACUUAGCAAGAAAC